GUUUAUCUCUUGCCCGGCACUUGUCUGAUCUCUGCCUGUGGAGCCCCUUGGAUGCCAGCCUCAGAUCUCGAUAGGUGAACAUGUUCUCUGCUAGGAAGUUGCCUGAAGUACACAGAACGAUCAGCUUCCAUAAUUUCAGAUUCCAUUUUGCAUCCAGAACCUCUCCAAACUUGGCUUUCGUGCCAACCUGUCUUCCCCCGGAUCCUAUAGAAGUAGAGAAGCUGAAGCACUUUGUUUCUAACUCCAAGAGGCUGUUUGUAAUAACUGGAGCUGGGAUCUCGACUGAAUCAGGGAUCCCAGAUUACCGCUCUGAAGGCAUUGGGCUCUACGCCAGGACAGACAGACGGCCCAUGCAACAUGCUGAGUUCAUGCGGAGUGCCAGUGCCCGGCAGCGGUACUGGGCAAGGAACUUUGUGGGCUGGCCCCAGUUCUCCUCCUACCAGCCAAACACAGGACACUUGGUCCUAAGAGACUGGGAGAAGCUGGGGAAGCUGCACUGGCUGGUGACCCAGAACGUGGAUGCCCUUCACACCAAGGCCGGGAGCCAGCGCCUGACAGAGCUGCACGGCUGCACACACAGGGUUUUCUGUCUGGCCUGUGGAGACCAAAUCUUGCGCUCUGAGCUUCAGGAGCAAUUUGAAGCUCUGAAUCCUACCUGGAAAGCUGAAGCAUUCGGUGUGGCUCCAGAUGGAGAUGUCUUCCUGACAGAUGAGCAAGUGUGUAAUUUCCAAGUCCCAGCCUGCUGUAAAUGUGGUGGAAUCCUGAAGCCCGAUGUGACAUUCUUUGGAGACACAGUUUGCCCGGAGAAAGUGAAUUUCGUGCACCAGCGCCUGGCAGAAUCAGACUCCAUGCUGGUGGCAGGAUCCUCUAUGCAGGUAUACUCUGGUUACAGGUUUGCUCUUGCUGCCCGGGAUAAGCAGCUGCCAAUUGCAAUCCUUAACAUUGGCCCCACGAGGUUAGAUCACUUUGCAUCCUUAAAACUGAAUGCCCGCUGUGGAGAGCUGCUGCCUUUGAUUGUUGCACCUGACCCAACAAGCUGAGCUUCAGGAGCUAUCAGGAGUAAAAUUAUUACUACAAGGACUCAUGGUCUUAAAAGGGGAACACCUCAAUGUAAGAGGCAGCUGAGAUCCAACAUACGGCCCUUGAUAGCACCAGGAGAGGGCAGCAAGCCCCGCACAUGUCAAUCUGAUCAGCUUUCUCCAUCGAAACCGUCUGCACUUACCGGGAAAGAGGAUGAUAAUGAAAACACUUCUGGCUUUGAGGUUACUUUUGUUAUUGUAAACGGUGCCUUUUCAAUCACUGGGACAGGAUAAUCACACUAUCGUGUCUGAUAACAAACUUCCUUUUUUAUAACUGGCCCCAGGGAAGAACAAGGGACAGGGAUUUUGACCUGGUAACUUGAGGCUAUAGCACAGGCAGGCAAUGUGGAAAACCACAGGGUCUGCUGAAGGAUCCAGUACCACUAGUGGGAAACUGUAGAGCAUGCAAAGAAAAGGAGGUAAAGGAACUGCAGUUGUCAUUAAAAUAAAAAAGAAAGGUUCAAAACAGAAGCUAAACAAGAAUAUUGCUCUUGUAAGAUACUAUUUAAAAGCACAGACUAGAGCUGACAUCUUUGGGAAGGAGGGGAGUCAGCAUUUCUCUCCACUGGCAGUUGACAAGCUCAGCUGCUUACUACCUGAACCGUUAAAAACUCACAUACUGGGGAGAUGCCAGAGGAGUUACUUUAAGCUAAUUUGACCAGCACUGCUUUCAGUGUGGCUAUGUUUUCCAGAAUGCACUUCUUUAAAACGUUAUUUAAUUAAUGAAUAUUUAAGUAGUGAAUUAAAAUUGUUUACAAGAUUGA